GAUGACGCACGCAGAUUCGAUAGCGUUUGAUGGCAGAUUGACAGAGAUCCCAACAUAGUCGUUGAGAUAGACAGACAGACAGACCGUCUAUCCAUCCAUCCGUCCCCUGAGACAGACGUGUGUCUCUCGUUUACUUCUCCGCAGACGCCAUGCAGCUACCAUACACAGCGAGUCCUGGAAAACUGGUCAACGACGUUAAAAUAAGUGUGCAGCGUCUGUUCAUAGGGCAAUCUGCCAGCGUCAGAGAGAGCCCUCCAUGCUUAAUACAGAGUUUCAUUUGUCCCGAGUGGCUUGGACUGUAACGGAAACAGUGCGCUACCGUCCGAUCCAGUCAAAACAUUAAGAGGGAGAGCAUCAUGAGCUCAUGACACAAUACAAUACAAUGACAGAACACAGCCUUGCUCCCACAGCCUCUCAAGCGCUUGCCGAUCUGGCGCCCGUCCAUGCCUGCAUCACGAAGGACAUCUUGCCCAACACGCCGAUGAGUCCUCGGCCCCGUCGACAGGACCAGCACCCGUCGGCGAGUGUGAGCUCAUGACUACCAUGAUGCAGGCACGACUUCUGCUCAUCCAUCCAUUGCUCACAGAUGCAUGCCACCACUCACAGCAGUCAUGACGGAAAAAUCUAGAGCCACUCAGUAGGUAAGUACAGCAAACCAGCCAAUCAGUGAGUCGGCUAGAAGUAAGGGUUGAUCUUCCUGACGCCCUCGUCGGCCCUCUCAAAGAGCUUCUUGUAAGUAGACUCCUCGCCCUUGGGCUGCACCACCAGCAGCACAGAGGCCGGUCGCUUGGACUUGGCGGCGCUGCCCAGCAGCCGACGCGAGGGGACGAAGCAGUAGGGGACGUCCUUCUUCUCACACAGGAUGGGCAGGUGCGCCACGAUGUCGACGGGAAACACAUCAGCAGCGAGAAACACAACACCCUGACAGACACACACACUCAGCCGACACACGCACACGCAUACAGAGGACAGGCGAUGAGUGCAUUCACCAGCAACGUCGUUCGUGCAUAUAUCCCGUCGCUCACCUUGGUGUCUUUGCGUAUGGCCUUGGUGACCUCGGCCACGCCCCUCCGGAGUGAUUUCUUCUCGCCGGCGGCCUUCCUCAGCAGCUUGAGGGACCGCUCCAGCAGUUUGGAGUUGAUGUCGAGCAGCGGCUGGGCGAUGGGCGAGAUGAACGGCGACGACAUGUCCUCAUCGCCGCCAAAGGCGUCGUCAGCACCGCGAGCCUCGUCAUCCAUGAUCUGAUCUUGGGCUUGUUAGUCAGAUGCAGUCAGUCAAUUCGCCUUUGAACGGACCAGAGCGACGGCCUCAAGAGGUACCAAAAGCGGAUCUCUUUC